CGGAGAUACAUCGUCUGAUGACGCCAAUCAUCGUAGUGCUUACCGCGAUCCUCUGCCUGCAUCAGCCGCCGGGCUCCGCUAUAUAAGUGCUCCGCGCACACAGAGCCGGGAGUUGUCUGUAGGUACAGCCAGGAGGGGUGUAUCUAGAGCUGCGCGCUGUCCAGUGCUGACCAGGAGACCUCCAGUGAUGCUGAGCCCGUGCAACAAGCAGAUCCCAAUGCAGACCAACAAUGAGGAGAGAACGCAGGGCAAGUCCCAGCACUGCAACUUCAGGUGGCAGCCACCUUAUGGGCUCUUGUUGCUUCUCAUCAUUCUGACUUCAUGGACCAGCAUCUGCCAAGGUGCUCCCUUUUCAUCUCUUGUGCUUCGAGCAGAUCAAGAGCUUCAGCUGUGGAAUGAGAUAGAUGAUGCAUGCUCUGAGGUGCUGUCAGAUUCCCAUCUUGAGGUAUCCAGCACUUUAGAAGAACUUUGCUUUGUGGUUAAGGGAAUAAUGCAGAAGUCUCAGGGUUCAGAAGAAAAAGGCGACUCAAAAAGGUUCUUAUUUCAUUAUUCUAAGAGUCAUGACUCAGGAAAAUCUGACAUCACGUCAUCUGUUCUGCAUCCUUUGCUGCAAAUCGUUCCUCAACUGCAUGAAAGAAGGAUGAAGAGAUUGAAACCUGACGAGGAGCUCCAGGGACCUGGAGGUGUUCUAAGCAGAGGCUACUUUGUGUUCAGGCCACGUAAUGGAAGGAGAUCAGCAACUUUCCGCUAAGAGGUUGACUCAGACAGAAAAGAGGAUACUGGAAAUAUUACUACAAUGGCUUGGAUACCCCAUGCUCCGCACACUUGUAACAAUCUUUCACUAUAGAAUGUAAAGGCUACUAUGAUAAAUUAUUUUUGGCUAAUGCUGCCAAGUUAUCCUAAUUUAUUAAUUGUAUUAAAGCAUAUUAAAAUUAUGAAAUUGUUUUUCGGUGUUCUGCUGUGUAUAAUUAUACUGUGUACUUAAAAUGAAUGAUGUCAAGGGCAGUUAAAGAGAUGUGCAUGCAAAAAAAAAUUGCUAUUUCGAUUUGAUCUAUUUUGUCCUUUAAAUAAAUGCACUCAAUAGAGGGUUGUUUAUAAAACA